AUGACUUCAUCCUCAUCUACACCCCCUCCAAAACCCUACCUUACCCUCUCCGCCCAAAAGAAAGCUACACAACAAUCCCUCAUACCCCAAGAAUGGCGACUUUCCACCGAAAAAUGCCAAAAAAUCUCCAGCGUGAUGGAAGUCCCUCUUAGCUGCGGACUCUUGAACGAGACUGAAUAUCGCAUCACUUCUGACUACGACGCCACUGCACUUCUUGGAUUGUUGAAGGAUGGAGUCUUCACGGUGGAGCAAGUAGCCAUUGCGUUUUGCAAAAGAGCUGCUAUUGCUCAUCAAUUGACAAACUGUCUGACCGAAAUAUUCUUCUCCGCAGCAAUCGAAAGAGCCAAGAUCCUCGAUCUCCAAUACGCCUCUUCAAAAUCAACCGGCAAACCUCUUCCUCCGCUAUUCGGCCUACCAAUCUCCCUUAAAGAUAGUUUUGACGUCGCCGGAUACGAUACCUCAACUGGAUUAGGUUGUUAUGUGAAUUCUCCCGCUUCGGAAAAUAGCGCACUAGUUGCUAUGCUCCUCGAUUUGGGUGCAGUUCUAUACUGCAAAACCAAUCUUCCCCAAUCGAUCAUGACAGGGGAUAGUCACAACAAUAUCUUCGGACGGACAUUGAAUCCGCGGAAUAAAUCGCUAACAGCGGGUGGAAGUACUGGGGGUGAAGGUGCACUCCUUGCUCUUCGGGGUAGUAUUUUGGGAGUUGGAACGGAUAUCGGUGGAAGUAUUCGUGUUCCAUCGGUAUGUAAUGGUAUCUAUGGAUUUAGACCUAGUGUAGGAUUGAUUCCUCAUGGUGGUGUAAGAGAUCUUACUCCGCCUGGAACAGAUGGUGUUAAGUCGACUGUUGGACCAAUGGCGACUUCUCUCCGGGAUUGCGAAUUACUUCUUAAAUCAAUACUCCAAGCAGAUACUUGGAAGUAUGACAGUACUGCAAUUUCGAUUCCAUGGCUAGAUAUCAAGCCUGCACAUAAACUCCGAGUUGGUGUUGCACAAAAUGAUGGAGUAUUUACCCCAUCACCCCCUGUUCGACGCGUUUUAAAACAGGUGAUUGAUUCGCUCAGUGAAGAUAACGACGUUGAAAUAAUUGGUAUCGAUCUACCCGACGUCACUUCGAUCUAUCAAGACUUCAUCAGCUAUAUGACACUAUCAGGAAGCGAUCACUAUCUAGAACAGUUCGAGCGAACAGGAGAGCCAGCCAUCCCAUCACUAGCGAAAACUGGCCUUUUAUCAGUGCCAGGAACGACUCUACAAGGCUUCUUCAAAUUGAAUGACCGACGAGUACAGACUGCAAGAACAUAUCUUGAACUAAUUCGCGAUGACGACUUAGACGUAAUUCUAAUGCCUCCUGCAGCGCAUACUGCGGUUCCAUUGGACUGCUGGUCGCAAGUAGCAUAUACGUGCUUGUGGAAUUAUCUUGAUUACCCAGCUAUUGUGAUUCCGGUAGAUCAAGUGCAAGAUACAGACUUGUCUGAUGAUUUGAGUAACGCCAAGUUCGGUCCAGAUGAUGAACAGAUCUAUAAAUUGUACACCGGUCCCGAACAGUACAAGGACGCACCCGUUUGUGUGCAACUUGUAGGGUAUAGACAUAAGGAUGAAGCUUUGCUGAAGGCAGCAGCCAUGUUGGACUCGAUUAUAAACAAGGUGUAG